CAGUGAGCCAGUUAACCACCGACUUAACUCACGUACAAUGGAGUAUUUUAUGAUAGUCGUGUGUGCUGAAUGCUGAUCAAGUUAACCACCGACUUAACUCACAAAUUUUCUGUUAAACUCCUGCUCGUUCUCCAUCUCACACGUACAGCAGCGAUUUUCUUCUCUUGCGAUUUCAAUGGCAGAAGACAAAGAGUCAACUUCAGUUCCAUUGAGUCAAGAUGAUUCUGAAGAUCAUGCUAAAGCUCCUCUCACUUCUUCAAAUCCUUCUCCUCGCGAGGCUUGCUGUUAUGUCCUUCAGAGUUGGGUUUCUAAAAAAUUUAUGACUGGAUGUGUAGUACUUUUCCCUGUUGCUGUUACCUUCUUCAUUACUUGGUGGUUUAUUCAGUUUGUUGAUGGUUUCUUCAGUCCUCUGUAUGAGAGGCUCGGCAUUGACAUAUUUGGAUUAGGUUUCAUCACUUCUUUAGUUUUUGUACUUCUUGUUGGGGUUUUUGUGUCGUCAUGGAUGGGUGCCACAGUAUUCUGGCUUGGGGAAUGGUUGAUUAAAAGGAUGCCUUUUAUAAGCCAUAUUUAUUCUGCCUCGAAACAAAUUAGCUCUGCAAUAUCUCCAGAUCAGAAUACCACUGCUUUUAAAGAGGUAGCAAUUAUUCGUCACCCACGUGUCGGUGAGUAUGCAUUUGGCUUCGUCACAUCUACAGUCACUCUGCAGAAGGACGAUGGUGAUGAAGAGCUGUGUAGUGUAUAUGUUCCAACCAACCAUCUUUAUAUUGGAGACAUCUUUCUUGUCAAUUCCAAGGACAUCAUCAGACCAAAUCUCUCCAUUCGUGAAGGCAUAGAGAUAAUUGUAUCUGGGGGCAUGACGAUGCCACAACUCAUAACACCUGUGGAAAGAUUAGUGCGACCAAGUGACAGAAUCCCAUUGAAUCGAUUGUCGUCAGUAUAACAGCAAGUAAACAGUUACUUUGCAAGUUGUGUGUCCUUAGUCUCUUGUAAUAUGGUGAUGUUUAGAUAGCAAGGUUGCAGAUGAUCCCAAAAGAGUGUUGUUAUGAGCACUGCAAUCCUAUGAGUAAAUUCAACAUGGACAUUUCGGGAUUCUUUGAUGGGUUUGAUCUAUCCGUGUCGUGUGCAUACUGUUUGUUUUGGGAAAUGGCAUCUAUACCCAUGGUGUAUAGAAAAUAUGUAAAGACUAGUGAGUUGCUUCAAGGAAUGCACUUAUUCUUAUGCUGCUGCUGGAACUCUGGUUCAGACAUCAUCAGCUAUCUAUGCAGCAACUUCAUGUUUCUUAAUAAGAGUGUAAUUGACCGUUUAUAUUCAGUUAAUGCUUGGUUAGAAGGACAUUUAUAUUGACAUAAUGGAAAUAUGCUCAAAUACUUGAAACAUAGCAGAAAAGUAUUAUGGUUCGACUCUCGUUGGAGAUUUUUAGUUAGGAGGCUCCGUACGCAGAAACCGGAUAAAUUUCAGAGAUGGAGUUGUUGAGAAAGAUAAUAGACCUCACAUCCGUACGAGAGAUGAGCUGCUAGGGAAGUUGGAUAUA